AUGGCCCGUCGAGGACAUGCGUCGCAACCGCGCCGCUGUUGGCUGGGCCCUCUUCUUAUUUUCUUCAUCUUACUUGUGUCAGCGAAGGGGGUGCGCUUGGAGAAGGGAACCUUCUUAAUGGACGAAGAUGUCGAGUGGCCGUGGCUGCCGCAGCUCGAUCUACCACUGCCACCUGACUUCAUGUCUGGGCAGCGCAUCCUGAGCGCACCUGAGCAAUGGAUGGUGCUCGCUCACGUGGGAGCUCCGCUCCGCGUCGUCACGGACACCAAAAUGGAUCUUAUGCGCGUCUUGGAGGUCGUUAAGUUCAUGCGCCCCGCCGACGCUGGCGUCUGCCCGAGCUACAGGACAACGCGCCGCAUCGUGCACUACUGGUUUCACCCAGAGCAAUUGAGCCUGCUCUUUGGUGAGGAGCGCUGGUCCGCCCUGCAGCGGUUACAGCGGCCAGCCGCCUGGUCUCUGGUGCUCAAAGACGACGCAGGUCCUGCUGUCCGGGCAGCAGAGCAUUUCAUUGCCAAGCUGCAGGCGCUAGACCCACCGGGGCAGAUCACUCUCAUUUCCCGCCGCCAGGGCUCGAGGUUGACGACGACGCAUGUCUCACUUGCCGACUUCAAGGUGCUGAGCCGUGUCACUCGCAGGACCAGCACUAUCGAGUAUCGGUUAACGCACCUAACAGUGGAUGCGGAGGCGCCGCUGCACCGCAGGCAAACACAACGUCUGCUGCGUGCAAAGCUACAGUAUCACGAGCAUAUCAAGGCCUUUGACGAGGCCGUCGCGGAGGCUCAGCGCGAUCUCCACGCGAGUCUGCGAGAACUACUCGAAAGCGAGCAGGCGGCGUACACGGAUCACAUGCACUUCAAGCGGAGCUACCAGCACUUUCUUGUGGAGCGCCAAUCGCGCCUCUGGGCAAAGAACGAGGUUAAGGAUGCCGCCGACGAGGCCGAUGGGCGGCCGUCUAUGGGUCGCAACGCCGGAUCGCGCCAGACUGCCGCAAUGUGCAUUCAUCCCGCCGCGGGUACUUCCCUCGCAUCACCGCUUGAUGAUGGCCGAGAUGUGUCGUGCAGGAAGGUGCUCGCUGCCUGGAGCACGCUCCGCGCAACUGGCGUCUGUCGCGAAGCGGAGAUGCGUGUGGCACAGCUGCGUCGCCUCCAUUCUCGACAUCGGUGCAAGGAGCCUCUGCCGGAGCUGCCGGUGGCCUCCUCUACUGCCCGCGGAGAGGCCGGCCUGAGCCAGGCGGCCGCGCACGUAUGGCGUGACGGUGUUGCAGAAAUGAAGGCGCAGCGGCGCAAGUCAGGUGCGUCACCGACGCCUGCUCAGGUGUUUGCCAUCCUCUACGGUGUCUGGGAGGAAGAGAAGGCGGCCACACAAGCGGCCGGUCACGCCCAAGAAGCGACAUCGGCAGCCGGCGCUGCGGCAACCGCCGUGGCAGUGAAUGAGGACUUCAAUGCGUCCGCCUUCGCCGCAUUUGUGGAGCACCUGGUGCAGAGCGGCGACGCGCUCACCGCCGCGCCCAACAGCCGCCUGCCACGAUGGAUACGCGCGGAGCUCCACUACACGUUGGCCCUUUUACAGCUCAUAAGGCCGAAAACUCGUCCUCCAGAGAAGCAUCCUGCCACGGCAUCCUCGAGUGUGCGCGCUGUGGUGCACUUGCACGAGUCGCUGAGUGCCGGGUCCCACCACGCUGCCGGCGCCUUGGCGACGCUCCGCGAACACGGUAUAUUUGCCCGGCAGCAGAGCAAGGCGGCCAUGAUGCUGCUGGUUCAAUCAAUGGAACAAGCGCCGACGCACCUCUGGCGCGAGCUGCUGCUGCGCCGCUCUCCUUGCCGCUCUCUCGAAGCAGCGAGUGCAGCAUCAUCGAGAGCUGACCCGUCGCGACUCCUUCGCUUCGAGCAGUUCUACGCCGUGGAUCACACCUUUAGCGAGGUGGAUGACCCUUUUAUGACCCGCCAGAGCAUCGCGACACUGGUGGCCGUGACAAACGAGAACAUCUACACCGGCGACGAGGAGCCGGAGCUGGAGGACGUCUACCGCGAGGCGGAAGUCGGACGCGGCGACGACGAAUAUGAGGGGCGUUUGACGGCGCGGCUAAAUCGACGGCUUCUGAAGGCGAACAUGCUGUUCUCCGGAUUCAAGGGGGUGCAGCGAGACGCGCGAGAGGCACAGUGCGAGCUCCUCGUCAUCCUGCGUCGUCUCGGCUACGUCUGCGAUCUUGACCUUCGUCGCUUCUUUUCUACUGACGCGCCGCCACAUGUGCCCGAUUCGCCGCCUGCUUCCUCGGCGGCGCCGAUGACCAUCCUCGGGGUUCCUCUGCCGGACUCCUGUCCCGAACAUGAGAGCGAGCUGGCCGACGUCAUGAACAACGGCCGGCACACGCUUUUGAGUUGCCCGGGGGGAGCUCCUUUUCCACCACGGCGAUCUCGGCGUCAGCUCGACGUGCCCAACUCGGAAGCUCUGUUUAGGUUGCUCCAACAGACGCUGCUGGCCCUCAGCUACGUGCAACUCAUCCACAGACAGCGGUACGAUAUAAGCCACCUGUACGCCUCUCUCGCUCUCGAGAUGUCCCUGCGCGUGCCACGUGCGACAGUGAAGCGUUGUGCUCAAGCGGCAAACAUGAGUGCCUUCGAUGAGGCGCACCACCACCCGGGCGGCAGAAACGGAUCGUGGGCACGGUUGUUUGUCGAGGCGGUGAACCGCGUCGCAGACAGCGACAGUGAAGUCGCGUGGGCUGCUGAGGUACUGCUGGAUCAGCUGCAGAGCAUCAAACAUGCGCCGUCGCGGGCGCGCGGCGAUGGUGCGGCAUUGGGGCGCAGCGUUCAGCGGGUGCUUCGUCGGUUUGCGAGUGUGGCGGACCCUCCGUUCGUCUCGACCGAAUCCCUGCUCCUCCUAGGGACGAGCCGAUGGGCGGCGAGGGGCCCGUUGUCCGGUGCUGCGGCAGAGGUAGCGGCGUUCGAGAAGGACUUGGCCGAAUGGACAAUGGAACCAUUCGGUCUGUUUCACCGACUUCUGCAGAAGCAUCCGAGGAGCUCCACUGUGGCGGCGACGCAACCGACACCGCACCCAUCUCGCAGUGCCGCAGUGCCGGGGUCUUCAAUUGGCGUGAGUCUCAGCACAACUGUCAUGGAUGUCCACGCCCUCUUCCUGGUGUGCUUGGCGGCGAUGAAGCGAUGGAAGAGCGAUUUCCCACUUGUACACACGCUGGACGCGACGACCUACUCGGCUCGACGCACAGAUCCGUUUGUGCUAAGCUCCUUUCUCCUGCGAGCGCGCGACACCGUAACCGGCGCACCCCUCAUUUCCAUCAAGAAGCUGCGCGACGUCGCGUAUGCCGCCUCCCCGCACUUUCUGGGGGAAAGUCCGCACUUGCUGCCGCUCGUUGACGACACGGUCGACUCGUAUGCGGCUCGGCUGCUGCGCUUUGCUGCCCGGCACAUUCACGCCCUGGAGCCGUCCGUCGAACUGUUGCGCAGCGGUGGCUACGGCAUUCGUCGCACCGACGCCGGCGGGGCCGCCUCGGCUGGGAUGACGAUGAGUGGCCACUGGGGCAGCUCUCUUGAUGAUGGCCCACCACGAAAGUCGCGCUUGCAAACCUUGCGUAAAGUAAAGCAGCACACGAUGGAGAACGCGGACCUGCAGCCGCUGCUCUACGCCGCGGACGUGCACGAUUACAUGAACAAGUCGCGCUGGACAAGCGUUGCGACGGUGCUGAGCGCCGUGUACAACACUGUGGUACACCACUUCACGGCGACUGCGUCAGAGGGGCUGAUUGCGGACAUGGAGGCGCAAAUGCAGCUCGUGACGCCAGAGGAGCGCGGCGCUGAGCUCAGCAGCCGACGUCAAGCGAGCAUCAAAGAGUCGCGAUCGAAGGAGACGGCGGAGGGGACCGCAAGGUCGGCAGGGACGGGGGUCUCCGCGUUCGUGGACGCCUUCGCGAAGGAUGCCGCGCUGCGCGAGUUCUUUAUUGCCGGGCAGCUGCUCACCGUCGCGCUGGAGUCUGGCAUGCCGGAGGGCUUCUCGCUUGUUUUCCUCGAAGCCGCGAACCGCGGCAACCGACAUCUCCGCCCCAUCGCCGAUCACUUGGCGGAGUCUGUGUUUGGUCGCAUGGCGCCAAGCGUGUGGACGGAGCACCAUCUCACCGCGCAGUGGCAGCGGGAGGAGGAAGAGCUUGUGGGUGAGGGCCCACUCUUUGCGCUGGAUACGCGCACACCCUUUCGCUACGCGUCUGUCGAAGCUCGCCAGGAGCUGUUUGCGCGUGUGAGUCGGUGGAAUGCAGCGAAGGCGCAGCAGGGCGACAGUGGCGAUGUUGGUGUGUCGAGAGAGCGCCAGGGGACUCGAGUGUCGCAGGCGCUCGAUCAGUUGCUGUGGUGCGCCGGCUUCCUCACGCGGCGUGUGUACAAAGACACCCAUCGCGUGUACCCGUACGCCUACGAGGGGUCUGUUUUCCCCGCAUCUGAUCUGGAGUGCGUCGCGGACAUGAACCAUCUGUUGAGGGCUCAGAGACCUGCCGCCGAAACGGCGGCAUCGGUGGUGAUAGAAGGGGCACCGACGUGGACUUUGACUGAGUGGCGGCACGCGCAGCUAAACGGCACGGCUCUCCUCCGGGACUUGAGCGAACGACUGGGCUACGUCUACGACACUGUCGAGAUGGCGCCCGCGCGCCGUUUUCCGCUUUCCACAGCAGACUUCAGCGGAAGCGCGACGGUGGAGGAGCACGCUCUGCUCUUGGCAGAGCGGAACCAGGACUACCCCUCUCGCUUUGCGCGUGUGUCGACGCAGUUGGUGGAGCCGUGGAACCGCCUGUCGAAGGACUACAGCGAGCAAGUCGUGGGGUACGGGGAAGGCUUCUACUACAACCAGCGCUUGCACCGCAUCAGCGGGUACCGCUGGGGUGCUAUCCUGCACAUGUGGUGGCUGCGCGUGCGCAACAUGUGGCCAUGGUAG